GUCUUUGUUGCGAACCACCUGACCGAGUUCGACAUCUAUAUACUCAGCUGUGGCUUUCCCAAGUAUUGCACCAUCACCGUCAAAGCAGAGCUGAAGACUGUACCGUUGCUUGGAUGGAAUCUUGUGCUUCACGAUGCACUCUUCAUCGAUCGGAAGAACCCCGCAAAGACACUGAGAUCCUUCCGGGCUGCAGGGGAGCAGAUACGGCAACAAGGAACGAGCGCAUAUCUCUUCUGCGAAGGACAACGGUCAUAUAUGCAAGAGCCAGGAAUGCUUCCGUUUAAGAAGGGCGCCUUUCACCUCGCUAUCCAGGCCCAAGUGCCGAUCGUGCCGGUGGUGAUUCAGAACUAUUCGAACCUGCUCGACAAGGACCGGACAAUAUUCAAGAGGGGCCGAGUCGUUUUGAAAGUGCUCGAUCCGAUUCCAACCUCCGGGAUGACUGAGCACGACGUUGAUGAUCUGGUCAUGCUCACAAGAGAACGAAUGUUG